GUGCACAUUGUCCAUCUCCUUCCUUCCUUCUUUUACUUCCUUGUUAGUCGUUCGUUAGAGCUGUGCUCAUAGUCAUUCACUUCACCACCACCACUACAAAAGGAACAAUGAAAGCCUUCAUCGCCCUCACCCUCCUCGGCACCGCCCUCGCCGCACCAACCUCCACCCUCCGGGACCGCGAUUUCGACCUCUCCUCGCUCACAUCGGGCCUCUCAGCCCUGAGCUCCGGAUCGGCCGCCACCUCGGGAUCAACCGAGGCAGCGGGGUCGGGGUCGGGAACCACCUCCAGCUCCAGCGGCCUUAGUGCCCUGGCUUCGUUGUUCCCGUCUAGCAGCAGCACCAGCAGCGAUGCCACCAGCAGUGGUAGCAGCAGCAGCAGCAGCAGCGACGGGCUGAGUAGCCUGUUGAGUUCGUUUUCCAGUGGAAGCGGCUCCAUGACCGAAAACGGCGUGACCCAACACUCCGGCAGCUGCAAAAAGCUGACCUUUAUUUUUGCCCGGGGAACCACCGAAAUGGGAAACAUGGGGAGCGUGGUCGGACCCGAAGUCGCUAGUCAAUUGGCUUCUUUGACGGGGAAUCAGGUUACCGUGCAGGGGGUGAAUUAUCCUGCUGAUUGGGAGGGCAACAUGUCCCUCGGCUCCUCCGGCGGUCCCACCAUGGCCUCGUACGUGAAAGAAGCCCUCCAGCAAUGUCCCUCUACCAAGGUAGUUUUGGGUGGAUACUCCCAGGGAUCGAUGGUCGUGCAUUAUGCUGCGAACCAGUUGAGUGCGGGACAGUUGUCUGGGGCGGUUCUCUUCGGUGAUCCGUUGAAGAUGGAGGGUGUGGGGAAGCUGUCUUCCUCGAAGGUUAAGGAGUUCUGUGCGAGUGGUGACCCGGUCUGUGAGAAUGGGUUUAAUGUCAUGGCGCAUUUGUCGUAUGGGUCGGAUGCGAAGGAGGCGGCGACUUUCUUGGUGCAGGCUGCGGGACUUUCUUGAUUUAUUCUAU